CAUCAUCCGGACGCGGAAGUUGACUGUGAAAGUGACAAUCUUCAGUUGUGUCUGGUUGUGCUCUGUGUGUUCCGCUUGACAAUGGAUAUUUCCCAACAAGAGAGGACAUAUGAGACAUCAAUGGCUGACAAAUCUACUCCAAGUAGUCUUGCAAGAUACCUCGAUGGUGAAUUUUGGGAAACCAAAGAUCAUAUUCGUGAAGAAAUAUCCCAAGGCGAGCCCUUUCGAACUAGCAGUUAUGGUCUCACGUUGGACCAGAAUAGAGAUUUAACGGUGGAGAGACUGGAGUAUGUCUUAACGAGGCCACUAAUGCGACAUCACCUUAAAGAUCAGAUUAAAGAGAAACAACCAGGCUUCAUAGCCAAGAGCUUGGGUAUCACGGAGCUGAUAUGCUCUGCAGAUAUGUCCACUGGAGUAAAGUUGGGUGUUGUCUGUGGCUUGUUUGGUGGUGCAGUCACAAACCUUGGAAGCCCUGGUCAGAAGAAAAAAUGGUAUCUCCCGGUUACGGAUUCGGAGUUCACUGGGAUGUUUGCCAUGACAGAGAGGGGUCAUGGGAGUAACGUCCGGGGAAUCCUUACAGAGGCCUGCUACGAGCCAUCUACACAGGAGUUCAUCAUCCACACACCGUGUGAGGAUGCCCAGAAGAUGUACAUCGGAAACUCCAUGAAGGGGAAUUACGCCUCUGUGUUCGCUCAGCUCAUCAUCAAUGGAGAUUCCCAAGGUCCUCACUGUUUUAUUGUUCCAAUCCGAGACCGACAUGGAGUCAUGAAUCCUGGAGUGACAGCCAUUGACAUGAAGCACAAAGAAGGCUUACACGGGGUUGACAAUGGCAUCUUGAUAUUCGACAAUGUCAGGAUACCGAGGACGAACCUGCUCAGCAAGUUUGGCUGUGUGUCGGCAGAUGGGCUGUACUCUUCUCCUGUCCAGAACAAGAGCAAACGUUUUAACGCCAUGUUGGCUGCUCUCACCCCUACCAGGCUGGGGCUCACUGUCCAGGCCAUAGCUGCCAUGAAGUUGGGCCUCAUCAUUGCAGUGCGUUACAGCCACAGUCGGCGUCAGUUUGGGCCUAAGGACCAGCAGGAGGUGAAGAUCAUUGAGCACCAGACCCAGUACCUCAGACUGAUGCCUCACCUGGCUGCAGCUCUGGCUCUCACCUUCACCACCAGGUUUGCAGCAUGUACGAUGGACCAUGCUCUGUGCAAAGGAGAGGUUCUACAGAAUAAUAGUUCUCUCCAGGCUCUGGUUGCUGGACUCAAAGCCUAUAGUACCUGGGAGAACCUCGCCUGCCUUCAAGAGUGCCGCGAGUGCACCGGGGGCAUGGGUUUUAUGAUGGAGAACCGAAUCCCUGCUCUGAAGUGUGACUCUGAUGUCUUUGUCACAUUUGAAGGGGACAACGUCGUCAUGUUACAGGUGGUGGUAAAGGAGCUCAUGACCCAGUUCACCAGGCAGCUGGGAAACAGUGUGGUGGGCGGACUCAUCAAAACCUGGACGAGCUCAGUGUCUGACAGGCUCAGAACCAGUUUCCUUGGCUUCAAUGUAGAUACGGUGGGGGACUUGAGUUUCCUGCUGAAAGCAGUGUCCUAUAGGGAGAGGGUUCUACAGCGCAGCCUAACAACCAGACUCUACAACAAGGUAGAGAAGAAAAGAGAGGAGUUUUUUGAUGCCUGGAACUCCUGUCUUCAUCAUGUGACCAGCCUGGCCUUAGCACACAUACACAGAGUAACUCUGGAGCAGUUUGCUCUGGCCGUUCAAGAGUGCCCAGUCGAAGAAGACCACACCUUGCUAACGAAGUUCUGCCUCCUCCAUGGCACCAGUCUGGUGUACCAGGAGAGAGCCUGGUAUCUAGAGCAUCACUACCUGACCCCUGCUACCAGCCGACAGAUACGCACCCAGCUGUUGGAGCUGUGUAGAUUGGUGAAGGAUGAGGCCCUGAAGGUGGUGUCUGACUUCAACGUUCCCUCCUGCUGCAUCCAGGCGCCAAUUGCUGGGGUGGCCAACCCCCGGGCUGAGUGGGCCUUCUACUCUGCACCGGAGCACCCCAUCAGAGCCUCCAAGUUAUGAGCCCCACUGUGCUGAUCUAGGAUCUGUCCAUAUAAUAUUGUUCAUCAUGAUCUAAAGGGCUAAACUGAUCUUAGAUCAGCACUCCUACUCUGAGACACUUUGUGGAUACGGGCCUUGCUCACUGCUUGACUCAUCCUGGUCUCAGUGAAGAGCCAUGGGCUAUGUUACAAUGUCCAUAUUAGCACACCACUUAGAAUAAAGCAACUUAUUUGGCAUGCAUUCUAAGUGACGUAGUGUGGAUAUUAGAACAGAGCCCAUGAUAUUUUGCCUAAUCUGGACACGGUCUGAAGACUACAGACCCAGUUGUUGUCUAGACUAGUGCCAUUAGCCGCAGGCAUAAUACACAGGACAGUCUCAUUUUGAUUCAUUUCUAUUUAAAUCUCUUAUCAGUUCUCAAAGAAAUGUUGAAAUGCUUCAUGUUUGUUAUACUGUCAAAUCAUUGGGUUUUAUUUGAUAUGUGUGCAUUUGGGAGCUUUUGUACUUUGCUUGGUCCAAUUCAUUACAUACAGUGGAUGCCUAUGUGGCUCAGAAUAGCUUGACACAGUCAGUGUUGCUUAUUGAAAAUGUGCUAAUUUUGUUUGUACAAAAAAAAGCUUUGAAAUUAAAUGUAUUCAUGACACUAGUAUAUAGAGAUGCACUUUGACUGUGAAUCUCUCUGCCAGACACUUUCCCUCACCAACACCAGCUAGACCGUGAUGGCCAGCUGUUUGAUUCAACAACAUACAACAAUGGAAAUUACACAAGAUAUGUUUAUAAUAUAUUUUAUUAAUAUGAGCACAGUGAGCAAAUGGUUUGUGACACAAUACAUGUGGGAAGUGUAGGCUACUUUAUAUCCUUAAAUUUUCUGAUCAGUUAUCUGCAUAACAUGUAGGCCUGUAAUGUUGAUUGACUCUUGAUGAACAAACAUUGUUUGCUCUGUAGGUUACUUGCGCUUGCAUAUACAUUAAAACUGUUCCAUGACAAAGUGUCAUCAGUUUUGUACUGUAUCUUUGUCAUAUCUGAAAAUCAAUUGUCACUGCUCUUAAUAAAUGUACUUAAUAGGAAUAAAUGUGCUGUAUAGUGUGUCUUGUUUCGCA